AUGCAUCAUUCACUCUCUGCUCUUGCCAUUGGAGCAUUCGCCUACAAGGCCAUGGCUCAAACCGCAUCCUUCGCCGGCAUGACCUGGGGUCCCGUCACGGUAGGACAAGUCUGGCCGAUUCAUUGGACAGUUGGGACCGGCGACCCAGUCAGUCUGGUGUUUGGAAACACGACCUCGAACAGUGCCGUCUUCACCGCCCAGCCAGCGAGUCCAUCAACAUACAACUGGACCGUGACGCUUCCCGACGGCUUUGUCCCGGGCAACUAUGGCUUGGUCCUUGUCCAGGGUACCGGCAUGGACUAUUCGCCUCUGUUCAGUGUUUCAGCAGCUUCUGCGGGUAGCUCAACCACAUCCACAUCGACUUCGGCCGCAGACAGCACGUCCACGUCCAUGACAACCACAAUGAUGACAACACCAAUGGCCACUGUCAACGCAACACUCAUCUCGGCAAGUGCCGACCCUACCGUCACCGUCACGUACUGGGACCACGAAUGUGGAUGCACCAAGACGUCCGCGGUGCCUGCAGCAGCAACAGCGACCGGCAAUGCCUCCGGAACCCAAUAUACGUGGUGGGAUGAAACUUGCGGCUGCACAAAGACCGCCAUGGCCCCGGCGCCCACGCUGGCUCCGGGAUGCGGUGGUACUGGACAUGGCUGCUCAAACUAUACCGCUCCAGCUACAGGGACAAACAUGCCUCCUGCACCUCCCCCGCCGUCUCCUGCGGGCAGCAACGCGCCCGCGACUGGCUCAACCUCAGCCAAGCCGUAUACUGGCCAGGCCAGCAGACUGGUGGAUUCUGGUUUUGCCGUUGCGGGAUUGGCGGUGGCUGCCGUGGCCCUGGUUGCAUAG